AGAAACCUGACAGAAACUCACAAUCAAUGGAAGUGACCGGGGUGAAUCGUCCUGAGGUAGCCUAACCUACAAUACCAUCUGUUGUAGCACAGGGACAAUUAUUUAUUGAACGUUGGUUUAAUGAUUGAUACGUGUCGAAGCAAAGUAACUUUAAUCGGGAAUUAAUUUAACCUUUAGAGACGUUUAGGUUCGUUAUGCUAAUUUAAGGCUACAAGAAUAGACGCCGUGAGAACUGAGACUGGGUGCUAGGUCCAUAGACAUAGGAAGACUCACACAAUGUCUUUCUAUGGCAUAUAGGACAAUGAAAGGGAUAGUGACUCUAGCACUGACUGUGUUCUGUACUGCGAUUGGUGGUACUUUGCAGUAUGGCUACAAUCUUUCCAUCAUCAAUGCUCCCACAGCACACAUUCAGAGAUUCAUCAAUGACACUUGCUGGGAGCGCUGGUUUGUCUCACUUGAGCAAAGUCAUGUGACUCUGAUAUGGACAGUCAUUGUGUCUACCUAUUCCCUUGGGGGUCUAGUCGGAGCGUUACUUGCAGGACCCAUGGCGGUCCGGUUCGGUCGUAAAGGUGCUCUGCUGCUGAAUAAUGUAUUUUUGUUCUCAAGCGCUCUGUUCGCGCUGACCAGCCGUGCUGCUCGUUCCUUUGAGAUGAUCAUACUGGCUCGGCUGCUAGUGGGCAUCAACGCUGGUGUGAGCAUGAACGUUCAGCCCAUGUACUUUGGCGAGAGCGCGCCCAAGAAUCUGCGCGGAGCGGUCACCUUCUCCUCUGCUGUCUUCACUGCAUUUGGCAUCAUGCUCGGACAGGUGAUGGGCCUGACCGAGGUACUCGGGUCAGAGCCCUGCUGGCCUUACCUGCUGGCCAGCAAUGCGCUACCUGGGCUGUUCCAACUCCUCACUCUGCCCUGGUUCCCAGAAAGCCCGCGGUACCUGCUCAUCGACAGGGGAGAUAGAGAGGCCUGUAGCCAGGCGCUGAAGAGGUUCCGGGGCUGUGCUGUCUCCGGGGAGGAGAUGGAGGAGAUGCUCCAGGAGAAAGAGCUGGCCACUGGGGCUAAGGCUCGCUCCCUGUGGAACCUGCUGUCCGACCGGAACCUGCGGCCACAGCUCCGAAUCGUCAUGGCCGCCAGCAGCGGCAUGAUGCUUUGCGGCAACGACGCCAUCUACUUCUACGCCUCCUCCAUCUUCCAGGAGGCCGGCAUUCCCGCAGGUAGAAUCCAGUACGUGGCGAUUGGCACGGGCGCCUGUGAGCUGACCGCUGCUAUUGUGUGCAACCUCCUCAUAGAGCGGGCGGGCCGACGACGGCUCCUUAUGGGCGGCUACGCGCUGAUGUCGUGUUGGGCAGUGGUCUUCACUGCGGCCCUCUGCCUGAAGGGCACCGUGCCGGGCAUGCCGUACCUGAGCAUGGUGUGCAUCUUCGCCUACAUCCUCAGCUUCGGCAUGGGCCCCGCUGGGGUGACCGGCGUGCUGCCCACUGAGCUCUUCGACCAGCUGGCACGGCCCUCGGCCUACAUGGUGGCCGGCUCGCUGAUGUGGCUCAACCUCUUCAUAGUGGGCACGGCCUUCCCGUUCAUCGUGAGCAGCCUCGGGCAGCUCUGCUUCCUGCCCUUCUGUGGUGUCUGCGUGUCGACCUGUGCUUUCAUGGGCUGGAACCUUCCGGAGACUAAGGGGAGGUCUCUGGCCGAGAUCACCGCCGAUUUUGAUAAGCGUGACCAGAGAAAAGAUGAGGGGACAAAGGUUAAAGGUGAACCAGGCCAGUCAAAUCAAGAAGAGGCUCAUGAACUAAGUGCGAGGUCAGAGGAGGAGCCAGUGGACGUUAAUCAUGUACUGUGUGAGGGUUGACUCCCUCUUGGUAUCCUGUUGUGUGUUCAUUAAGGCAAUCAUUUGCUAAAGUCCUUACCCUGAAUGGCUAUCUUUAUGCAAAGAGGAAUAAUUGCUGGCUGCCUGAAUUGUUCUUUAAAGUUCAAGAUAUUAUUAUUUAAGUAAAGCUUGUUUUUAAUUAUAUUCAUUGAUGUAUUUAUUAAUGGGGAUAUAUGCUACCUCAGGUGGUUGGAUUUUGUACUGUGUUUAUUUUAAAUGUUUUUUUGUUGGCCUAUAAUUAAUUAUUCAACUCUUUUAUGCGCAUCUCAAAUGCAUUUCUGAAUUACCAGUAUUUUUUUAAUUGUUUUUAAUUGUAUUUUCUCAAAGUAAAUAUAUUAUUUAAUUCAAUAUGUAUACCGAUUGUAUAAUUCCUGCAUGUAAUAGCCAAAUAAGUACUGUGUUUCUCACAGUAAUGUGAGAAGUCACUGUGAGUCUGCUGAAUCCAUGAAUGCUGCCUGAUGCUGUGCCUUAACACCAAAGGGAUUUUACUUGAAUGCAAAGUCUAUAAAGACUGAGGGAAACUAUAGGCAGCUUGUGGCACUAUUGUACUAUAUUAGGCUGAAUACCAAUUAAAGGAAUACUGUAUAUGGCACUAUUAGACUGAAUACCAAAUUAAAGGUAUACAGUAGGCCUAUAUUGCACUUGCUAUGACAUUUGUUAAUGCACUGUACAUUUGUUGUUGUUGAAAGAGAAAAUUAAGUUUCGUUCAUCUGUUGACCUCAUACAACAAACAGCUUUGCCCUCAAAAUGCUAAGAGAGCAGUGUUGAGGCAAGAUGAAUGUGAGGGUAUCUGUUGUAAUCGUGGAGCCAUUGUGUGAUGUUGACGAGGUCUGUAUUAGCAAGGACAUUUAAAUAAAUGGCCUCUAAUUUAAAUGGCAGCAAAGUGCAAAGUCCAUCAAUAAGCCAAGGUCUCAUGCAUGAACUAUAGAUAUUUUAUGGCAUGUGAGAGCACUAAGCUGUUUCAUCAUUGUUUGCACCUGGUGUUACAUUAACAAACUGGAGAGGAGCUGCGGUAGCCUAGAAAUCUAGACGUGCCCCUAGCGGCCGCAAAUUACAUUUGCUGCCAGGGCGAGUUUAGCAACUCUCCGUUGGCUUGUGAGCUCCAGAAAUCGAAACUU